AUGGCCUUAAUGCACCAAAAGCAAUUCAUAUCAUCUCUUUUCCUCGUACGGAUAUGGGUUUUCCAAGUGGUUAUGUCCACCAAUAUUGACGAUCCAUAUAUGUCUGAGAGAUUUGAACAAUGGAUAUCAAAAUAUGGGAAAGAUUAUCAAGAUGCUGGAGAAAAAGAAUCCAAAUUUGGGAUAUUCCGAGACUAUGCUUAUAUGGCUGAUUAUAUCAAUGGUGCAAACCGACCAUACAAAUUAGCCGUUAAUAAAUUUGCUGACCAACUCCCUUGGGAUUUUCGGCAGAAUAGGUAUUCAAUAGAUGAUAGGCGUGUUCAUGAUUAUGAUUUAAAGAAAAUCAGAGUACCCUCUCUUAGGUAUGAAAAUAUGACUACACUCCCUGCUAGCGUGGAUUGGAGAAAGAAUGGAGCUGUCACGCCUGUCUUGUAUGACACCGGCAACAAUUGUGUAAGUUCCUGGGCUUUCGCAGCCGCGGCAACUAUAGAGGGGAUCCACCAGAUAUCUACAGGCAAACUGUUCUCCCUGUCAGUACAAGAACUCAUGGAUUGUGCAGUUUAUGUAGAGGAGAUGGGACCGUAUGGAAAGUAUAAUAUUGAAUACUAUGGAUGUGCUUAUCGAUUGCCAGAAGAUGGCUACAAUUACACUUCAACAAGGGGCCUAACCACACAGGAAAACUACCCUUAUAGUGGUAUCAAUGAAACUUGUCAAAAACAAGAUGCGUCAAAUUAUGUAGUUAAGAUUAAGGGCUAUGAGUACCCUGCGUCUAGUGAGACAUCACUGAUGAAAGCUGUAGCAAACCAACCUGUCGCUGUUACCAUUCGUACUGGAGGCGAUUUCCGAUUCUAUUCUAGUGGUGUUUAUGCAGGAGCUUGUGGUGAUCUACGCGAUGAUGUUCAUUAUGUUACAAUAGUUGGUUAUGGUACCAGUGAUGAUGGUUUAGAUUAUUGGCUUAUUAAGAAUUCGUGGGGUACUGAUUGGGGUGAGGAUGGAUACAUGAGAUUCUUGCGAGGUACGGAUGAUAAGGAAGGUCUUUGUCUCAUUGCCACUGAAGCCGUUUACCCUAUUGUCUAA